GCGUGUGACACGUUUUUAAAUAGAAUAACCGGGAAUACUUUUAACAUCUGUCGUUUACAGAUUUAGCGUAGUAUCUGAAACUCGAAAGGCAUAACACUUCAUUGAACUUCGCUGGUGAUCAACAGGCUAAUGCCCUCAAACUAUUUUCAUCUGUUUACUUUGGCAGGGGUGCAACCAUUACGUGCCUCAUAAACCUGUAAUACUAUUACCGAAUGGAUUUGUCAAGGCGAUGUGUGUUUUUUUAUAUUUUUUUUAAAAUGGCAACAUCGAGGAGGUGGUGCCGCGCGGGCUGCAAGCGCGUCCGUCAGUUUUCUCGCUCGGCCCCGCCCCGAGGCUAUUUAAAUAUAUCGUGAUUCGUGACGUAGGUACGUCGGAGCACCGCUAAUACGUUUCCUUGAUCGCCGGUGCCCUUCAUCGUAAGAACCUCGUCUUUAUUGACAUGCAAGCAAAAAUAGCGCCAUUUGUUUUGAGGCGGAUGUGAAAAGGGCGCGAAAUAUAAAUAGUGUUGCUAUAUGUUGGGUUUAUUUUUAGCGCGAUUUGCUGGAGAUAUUUUGUUUGUGACCGAAUUAAUAUUGACAAUGUCCUGUGAGAGUUUGGUAUCACAAGCAUCCACGAUAUUUUGUUCAGCGUUGCGCAGAAGAGCUUGGUUUACGUGGUGUCCACAGAAACUGUGCAACUUCAUAGUGCACGAGCGAUGCGUCGGACAGGUGGUAACGCCGUGCUGUGGAGUGGCGCCGAGCCUUAUAAAGAACCCAGUGGCUCACUGUUGGUCAGAGCCGACUCACCACAAACGGAAGUUCUGCACGGUGUGUCGGAAACGACUUGACGAACUACCAGCUUUACAUUGCAUGAUAUGCGAAUACUUCGUCCACGGAGAAUGUGUGGACUUUGCGGCAGCAGACUGCAAAGAGAACGCAACAUACUGCGCGGGCAGCGAGCCCCGGCAUUUCCAUCACUGGAGAGAAGGCAAUCUGCCUGCAAACUCCAAGUGUUCGGCGUGUCGCAGGGCUUGCUGGUCCGCCGAAUGCCUAACCGGCUACCGCUGCGAAUGGUGCGGCAGUACUUGUCACGCGGGCUGCCGUGCGCUAAUACAAGAAGAAUGCAACUUCGGAACAUUACAACCGAUCUUCCUGCCUCCGUCAGCGGUCUCCAUCCCGCGAACGGAGGUGCCCAUGGAAGCCAUCAUAGGCGUCCACGUGCGACCUCCACCCUCGCAGCGGGACUUCGGUUGCCCUCGCAGCGUCAGUGAGGAGUUCAGUUCAGGCUGCGAGGGCCGGUCAGGGUCCGGUGGAGGGUCUACAGGCGCACCUGCGGACCAGGAGCACAAACCUGACCACAAACAACAUAGAGAUCGAACGCCAGACGAUAGAGAUGAAGAGGUAGUGAAAGUAUACGACGGUGAAGCGGCGUGGUCACGUCGCUUGUACCGUCCAGUCGUGGUCGGGAGGAAUUGGAACGAACGGGAGCUCGUAGCUGCGGCCCUAAGAGCUUUCCACGUGGCCCGGGAUCCAGACCAGUUCGAACUGACAGAUGCUCUGGCGGGGGACGAGCCGCCCCUGAAAGACCCAACACCGUUGGCUCGCGUCACGCGGCUGCCGAACAAGCGUCCCGCUGUAUUCUUACGGUUUAUAGAGCCAGAAACUGGGGGUGGAGAAGUGCGAGUGUACCCGGGUCGAAUAGCGGGUGCUGGUGACACGUUCGUAACUGUACCGUGUAUGGGGGAUGAGUCCGUGGCUGACCUAAUGGCCUCAGCCUUAGAAAGGUUCGGCCUGGACCCCUCCUCUGCCACGCAGGACUACCGCUGCUCUGAGAUUCUUCUGGAUCGAGGAGUGUCAGAACGUGUGUUAGAAGAAGACGAGCGGCCAUGGCGGAUUCUAGUCCGCCUGGCGCGCGAUUCGGUCCGGCGAAUGGAGCUGGCGCGGUUUUAUUUACAACCGCGUCGAGACCCGCACGGGCCGACCUUAGCUUUAUUUGUUGCUUCCUUACCUCCUGGCCUCUCGGAACGGAAUUACGAGACUAUACUUGUAGAAUUUUUAGGUGCAGAUAAUAAGUUCACAUCAAUCGGUCCGAUCUAUUACGAGUACGGGUCGAUGGUGAUCACGUAUGAGGACGCUAGUAAGGCAGUGCGCGCCCUCUACGCGCUCAGAGAGGCCAAAUAUGAAGAUAAGCAUUUAUUAGUGAUGCUGCUACCGAGCAUCGAACCUUCCAUGGUCCCGGCGGGGGUGAAACCUCUCCUAGUGUUCGUGAACGUGAAGUCUGGUGGUUGCCAGGGCCUGGAACUCAUCUCCUCCUUUCGGAAACUCCUCAACCCGUAUCAAGUCUUCGAUUUAGAAAACGGUGGUCCGUUACCUGGGCUGUACGUAUUCCGUCAUAUUCCUAAUUAUAAGAUACUGGUGUGCGGCGGAGACGGCACCAUCGGCUGGGUGCUGCAGUGUCUGGAUAACGUGGGGCAAGACUCACAAUGUUCCAACCCUCCUUGCGCCAUCGUGCCCCUCGGAACAGGCAAUGACCUUGCGCGUGUCCUCCGUUGGGGCUCCGGCUACACCGGUUGUGAAGAUCCCAUGUCCCUGUUGCGUGACGUGAUUGACGCUGAGGAGAUCCGGCUCGAUCGCUGGACCGUCGUCUUCCAUCCUGAGGACAAGCAGGACGAACCGAAGGACCUCUCCAAACAGACCUUACCUGUGUUCACCUGUGUCGGGCUAGGUUCCCAGAGCGAGGACAACUCGCAAAUCCUGGUCAUGAACAAUUACUUUGGCAUCGGGAUCGACGCAGAUCUCUGUCUAGACUUCCAUAACGCGAGGGAGGAGAAUCCAAAUAAAUUCAAUAGCAGGUUACGCAAUAAGGGUGUGUAUGUAAAGAUGGGUCUUCGUAAGAUGGUGGGCCGCAAGAUGUGCAAAGAUCUGCACAAGGCUGUAAAGCUGGAGGUGGACGGUAAACCUGUCGAGCUGCCCGCAGUCGAGGGUAUCAUCAUCCUAAACAUUCUUAGCUGGGGCUCGGGUGCGAACCCGUGGGGUCCGGAGAAGGAUGACCAGUUCAACAAGCCCAACCAUUGGGACGGCAUGUUGGAGGUGGUAGGCGUUACAGGAGUAGUUCACCUUGGCCAAAUACAGUCCGGUCUGAGAGGCGCUAUGCGAAUUGCACAGGGCGGACACAUAAAGAUCAAUCUCAAAAGCGAGAUCCCCGUACAAGUUGAUGGGGAGCCAUGGGUGGCUGCACCGAGCGAGGUCGUCGUACUAAAAUCCGCACUCAAGGCCACUAUGCUGAAGAAGCGCGCCAAGGUGCGGCGCCGCAGCACGGAGCCCGCGCUGGCCCCGCCCGCCCCGCCGCCGCCGCCGCCUCCACCCCCCGAUUCCUGAAUCUGGCUCAGCGAGCGCCUCAUCUGACCGGCCUCGGGCUCAAGGCCGGCGGGGCGUUCGCUUCGCCAGUUCAAGUGUAAAUACACAAACAUAUAUAACUUAUUGAAGAAUAAAUUUAUAGUCAUUA